ACAAGGAAAAUAAUUAAAGCCGAGGAGCGAAGGGACGUUCGUUCGGGGAGUGAGGCACCGUUAACCAUCAUUUCCACCGUAUAGUCUUUCCCUUUUUCGUGAAAUCUCGCCUCGUUUCAGAAUCGGCACCUGUUCAAUCAACGAACCCCUGUUUUUGUCUUGUCGUGGCUUAUAUUCUUUCAAUUCUGGUAGUUUGGUGGAUUUUAUCGACUUGGUUACAGUUAGCGUUGAGUGAUUGAUUCCAUCGAAGAACUGGGAAUUAUACGGCUUGAUGAUCGGCUUUGAGGUUGUGUGUUUGCUGAUUAUUCAGGCGUGGAAAUCGUAUUGGUCGUGUUAUCAGGUUCGCUGAAAAUACCUGAAUUUUGCGCCGGUUGUUUUGAUUUAAUUUAUUUGUCAAAUUUAGAUGAACAUUAGGUGGAUGAAUGAUAUGUUUGUGUACAAUUUGAUUAAUAUAAGAUGAUGGAAUUCUGAAUUCUGAUUGAUGUUAAAAAAUUUGGAUAUGGUGAAACAGAGAGGCUAUGCUCAGAGGACAGCAUUUAAGAUAUCUUAUGAAUUUUAUUUGGGGAUUUAGGUUUUGAUGGAUUGAAUUUGGAGAUCAUGGACAGCAAUAGCGACUCAGAAGAUCAAUUCUAUGACACUCGCGAUGCUGUUUCUUCGGUAUCAUCCGAUUUAGGUUCUGACUGUUCUGAAAGUUAUCCAAGUCCUGGGCCAGAGGACAGUGCUCCAGGUUUUGAGUAUUCGGCUGAGAGAUUGGAUAGUGUCAAUGAAAGACGACGGCGGUUUUUGAAAUGGAUGAGUAGCCAUUUGGAUUCUCAAAAUAGUUUUAGAGAUGAAGAAGAUAAUUUAUGUUUCAUGGACAUGAAAAGAGACAUUGAAAGAUUGAGGGAUGAUGGAGAGGCAGUGCUGGCUAAUACUGAUUCAGAAUUGAGAAUUUUCUCUACUUCUUCCCUACCUUCUCAGUCAGACGACACCACUGAUUCACUCGAAGAAGAGGAAGAUAAUAUGCUUUGGAGAAUAAAGAACUUAGACAGUGGAAGGGAAUUCAUCAUGGAUGAACUGACUGAUGACGGCUCCAUUUCCAAGUUGAGGGAAGUCGGUUCAAAUAAUAUUAUACCAUUCCAAGAGCUUCAGAAGUCGCUUACCUCAUCAGAGCUUGUACUACAGUUAUUGAGGAAAGACUCAACAGGGUUCGGUGCAGAUCAUCAUUCGAAAAGGAAAGGGAAACGCCAUUUACUCCAAAAAUUUAGUGCCAUAACUCGUGUUUCUGACAAGACAAAUAGUUCAGUUGAUAAGCCGAGUGAAGGCAAUCGAAAGACAGGGUCGGCUUCCCAAAGAGUUCAUGUUCAUGUAUCAAAAAAAAAAUUUAAGGAACUAUCGUCUAUUUACAGAGGCCAAGAGUUUUUCGCUCAUGAAGGUUCUAUAUUGACUAUGAAGUUCAGUCCAGAUGGUCAGUACCUGGCUAGUGCUGGAGUUGACGGUGUUGUACGCAUCUGGAAGGUGCUUCAAAACGACAUUGUGAACAAAUUUAAUGCUAGAGAUAUGGAUCCUUCUAGUUUGUACUUCUCAAUGAAUCACUUAUCCAAGGUCUCUCCUUUGGGAGUUCUUAGAGAAAAAGGCACAGCUAAUAAGACCACAAAAUUAUCGUCCAACUCACCUUGCGUUGUUCUACCUGAUAAGGCCUUUCACUUGACCGAGAAACCUCUUCACGAGUUCCAUGGACAUGGGGGAGAGGUGUUGGCUCUCUCAUGGUCAAAAAAUGGGCAUUUGCUGUCAUCUUCCAGUGAUAAAACUGCUCGUCUCUGGAGAUUGGGGCAUGACGAAUGUCUAGGGGUGUAUACGCAUAGUAAUUAUGUAACUUGCAUUGAUUUCAAUCCCGCGGAUGACAAUCAUUUUAUCAGUGGCUCGAUAGAUGGAAUAUUACGUGUUUGGGAUGUAAAUUGUGGUCGAGUGUUUGAUUGGAUUGAUGUUAGAGAAAUAGUCACUGCUGUGAGUUACCGUCCUGAUGGGAAGGGAGGCAUUGUUGGCUCAACCGAUGGAAAUUGCCGUUUUCUUGAUAUCAUAGAUAACCACUUGCAAUUGGGUGCGGAGAUAUGCCUGAAGAGAAAGAAGAAGAAGCUUUCCGGCAAGCGAAUAACUGGAUUUCAGUACUUCAUGAGCGAUAUGAGCAGAGUAAUGGUGACUUCUGCUGAUUCAAAAGUGCGGAUCAUAUGUGGAUCCAUAGUUGUCUGUAAAUUUAAAGGUAGCCGAACUUCAGGAAGUCAUGUGCCGGCAUAUUUCACAACAGACGGCGAGCACGUUGUCUCCGCCAGCGAGAACUCCAACAUCCGCGUUUGGAACUACACCCCCGACAACCCAAAAUCAUCAUCCCAACCCAAGAAAAUAUGGUCCAGCGAGAGCUUUUUGUCGCAGAACACUUCCAUCGCCAUUCCCUGGUGUGGCCUAAAGAACAAGCUGGUAGCACUCCCGGGAAACAUUCUAGGCAACCGGCAUUUCGAUGAUAAGCUUCUCCAGAAGCUACCCGCUUUCCCCGACUGCUUCAUAACGAGCCUCGGAUUUUUCUUGGAUGCUCUGCACAAAGGAUCUGCAACAUGGCCGGAGGAGAAACUGGUUAUAUGGAACGAGAAGGAAGACAAGCCUCCACCGUCAUCUUCGAUAGGUAAAUCUGAAUUCAAGCUUCUGAAAAACGCGUGGCUUAGCGCCAUGAAUGCUCCCCAUUUGUGGGGGCUCGUGAUAGUCACCGCCGGAUGGGAUGGAUGCAUUAGAACAUUUCUGAAUUACGGAUUGCCUGUUCGACUUUGAGACGGGGACAGUGACAGGGACAGAGUUUUGACUUAACAGUUAACAUUCGUUUGUAGAUUGAUUGAUUGAUCGAUAGAUCGAUGAUACGCCGCCACCGUCGUCGUCGUCGUCGUCAUGGUGGUUUAACAAUGUCGGUAUAAAUUGUAUAAAGGCUGGGCAUGGCCGAAUCAAAUUGAAAGUGUGGCUUGGCUGGAGUUUA